AUGAGUGAAGGAGAAACGAUAUACAUUAACCUGUCGGAAGAUCCCAUCCUCUCAGAUUACGAAAUCAAGGUCCUUCGCAACAACUUGAAAAUUCAAGGGCAGAACCAGGUGCCCAGGGACUUCCCAUCUUUUGUGCGGGAUGGCUUCAACAUUAAAGUCCUGGCAGAAGGAUACAAGCUUGAUGAGUCCGGGUUGAUUUACAAGGACUAUGCUGUUGGUACUGGUGAACGACCGGUCGAUGGACAGCAGGUAACAUUUGACUACACUGGCUACAACGAGAGCGGUGCAAGGAUUGACAACACAUAUAGCAGGGGAUACCCUGCUGAGACACAACUUGGCGUUGGAGGUCUGAUUCCUGGUUUUGAAGUAGGUCUGAAGGGCAUGCAAGUGGGUGGACGUAGGAGAAUCAUCAUCCCCCCAGAGCUUGGGCCUCCUGUGGGCCCAUCCACUUUCUUCAGCGCAAAGCAGUGUGAGGUGUUUGACGUUGAGCUCUUGCGUGUUAAAUCAUGCAGAAGGGAGGGGUUUGCAAUGUUCUCAGGUUUGGUAUGUGAAUGA